AUGUUUCAGGAUGGCGUAAAUCUCAUGACUAUUGCGAAGCGCGCUGCCAUGGUGAAGUUGCUAAGGAAGCUGUACGGCAAGUCUUCUCCAUGGAAAAACGUGAUAUCCAUAGGGGAUUCCGUGGUGGAGCGUGAUGCGAUCAUUGACGCGUUGUGGAGCCAAUCGCACCAUGAGUCCGCGGCGGCGCCCUGCUGCAAAACUGUCAAGUUGGUCGAGGAGCCCACCAUCGAUAACCUCAGCGCAGAGUUGGUCCUGCUCGGCAUGUGGCUGCAGUCCAUGGCAGCGUUUGGUCAAGACUUCGACGUGGUCAUGGACGAGGCCGAGGAGGAGGAACUGAUGCGGCUGCACGGGCGGUUCAGCGCCUAG